AAAAGCUACUCCACAUCUCGGCGACCUUUGCAAAGGGCUUCAGAACCGAAGAAAUAACUGUGCCGGGGGAAAGGCUCCCUCCUUCGCGCUUUCAACAACUACAUUGAUUCUAAUUUUUUUUUGUUUUGGGAAAUCCGGAUUUUUGUUUUCCGAGGAAGCUUUAUUUGAAAAAAAAGCUCGAAGGUUUGGAAAUAUUGAAGGAAACGGCGGAGGCAAGAGUUUGGCGGACCGACGAUUUCGGUUUAAAGUGACUUGCUUGCUGAAUAUCGUUCUCAGAUGACGGCCGAGCUUCAGCAGCCGCCGGCUCACAGCACGGCCCAAAGCAGCCCCAUGUCUGCGGGAAUGGAAAAGCCCAACAAUCAGAGCUCUGUGAUGGAAUCAGCAACUUCCACCACCAAAACUAAGAAAACAAACGCUGGCAUACGGCGCCCAGAGAAGCCGCCGUACUCCUACAUUGCCCUGAUUGUUAUGGCCAUACAAAGCUCUCCAACCAAGAGGCUGACGCUCAGCGAAAUCUACCAGUUCCUGCAAAGCCGGUUCCCUUUUUUUCGAGGCUCCUACCAAGGCUGGAAGAACUCGGUACGUCACAACCUUUCCUUGAAUGAGUGCUUCAUCAAACUGCCCAAGGGUCUGGGCAGACCCGGCAAAGGCCAUUAUUGGACCAUUGACCCUGCCAGCGAGUUCAUGUUUGAGGAGGGCUCCUUUAGACGGAGACCGAGGGGUUUUCGCAGGAAGUGCCAAGCGCUUAAACCAAUGUACAGCAUGGUGAACGGAUUGGGAUUCAACCACAUCCCAGAGACCUAUAACUUCCAGGGGUCAAGAGGACCCAUCUCGUGUGCUCCAAACGGACUCUCUCUAGAUAGUAGUAUUAGCAUGAUGAAUGGACAUCUGCCCAGCAACGUUGACGGGAUGAGUUUACCAGGACACUCCGUCUCUCACCUCUCCUCCAACAAUGGUCACUAUAUGGGAAGCUGUACAGGAUCUUCCGUAGGAGAUUACCCCAACCAUGCCGACAGCUCGGUGUCCGCGUCUCCCUUGCUGACCAGCGGUGGGGUGAUGGACACACACUCCAUGUACACUACCUCGACUUCAGCGUGGGCUCCGUCGGCCUCCGCUCUCAACAACGGGCCUUCUUAUAUCAAACAGCAGCCCCUCUCACCGUGCAACCCGUCGGCGAAUCUAACUUCAAACCUGCAAGCGCACUCUCUAGAUCAGCCCUAUUUACAUCAGAAUAGCCACAACGCUGAUAUACAAGCAGGAAUCCCGCGAUAUCAUUCGCAGUCUCCCAGCGUGUGCGAUAGGAAAGAAUUUGUCUUCUCUUUCAACGCCAUGACGUCCCCUUCAAUGCAUCCAUCAACUAAUGGAUCUUACUAUCAUCAGCAAGUGACUUACCAAGAUAUCAAACCUUGUGUAAUGUGAUACUAUAUAGAGAACCCAGUGGAAUAUACUCCCCCUGCCUUGCACUGCAAUGGUCUUAAUCAGCAGCAGCAGUGCGUUCCUGUCUAUAGAAACUUUAUUUUGAUCCUUAUUUAAAGAAAUAAGUGGAUCCAGGAUUAUUGCUAGAGAGAGAUACGAUCUGUGAAGGCACUUUCAGCGAAGCUCAAUCUAAAUAGUUACUAUUUAUUCUAAAUUUUAGCUAACCUUCAUACAGGACACUGCAUAGUCUCCAAAACCGUGAAUUUUGCUGGCAAUAUUUGUUUUGUAUAGUUUUGUCAUUUAAUGUAAAUCAAACAUAACGCAAUUCUAACUAAAAAGGAACACCCUUUCCUUUUUAAUUUGAAUAUGUAUUGGAACAAUACAUAUUUAGCGUUUUUUGCUAUUCGGAAGGAUUUGGAAGCAGCAUUGUGACACGUUUUUUUUAACCUAAUCUUAUGCACUGUAUACAAAUGUAAUUCAUGUGGAUUUAUAGAGGAGUUGGUUCGUAUCUUUAGUAGGUGGCCGAAAGGAUGUGUUCUUUUAUUGUGUGUAAGAAGUCUACAAGUUAUUGUAUAAUUCUGUAAAAUAAAAUAAAACCUGGCAUGCAGUUUUUGUAGCCUCGAAUGAGUAUUGUAGUUAAUAGCAGGAGGGGUGUGCGUGGACCAACCGCAGUCCGCGCUGCUCCCGAAGUGCUCGGUAACUGAAACUGCAGAGUUUCAAACUUGACAUUUCAGACACGGGGUGUAAUUUAUUUGAAAGCCUGUUCCUCUCGGAUUAUCAGUGUUAUUUAACUCUAUAAUUGUCACAUAAAUAAACAGCGGAAUCAAAAGCAACUCUUUAAGUAGAAAUUUCCUCGAUUUUUUUUAUUGAAAUUGGAAAAUUGAAAAAUUUAAAACAUCUAUUUCAAAUCCAAGAAGACAAAUAAGCAAAUGAAAUCCUGACAUAGACUGUUUCUACAGUUGCUGGAAAAAUCUAUAUAUGUGGAAUAUAGACAAUGCACUAUUGUCAUUUACACCCAAUUUAUUUUUGUGUGACUUGUCCAUUCCAUAACACUGAAAUAUCUCUGAGGUCUAUCGUCACAGGAGGGUAUCACAGAACUGUAGCUAAUAAUAAGUACAUAACAGAACGUUCGCGUAGCUGUAUUUUCUGCUUUAUUUUAAACAAUUGUGUCAUUUAAGAAGUGUACUUUCCAAGGAUGUGGAUGUAGUUGUAUUAAACUUAAGAUUGCUGUAAUCAUUGUUCCCGGUUCCGCUUCGAUGUGAGUUGUCAUCAUUUCUUUAACUUUUGUCCAGUAUUUUCUAAUUUUCUUGCAGUGCUGAUUACACUUUUGUGACAGUGCUGAAGAUAUUUGAAGUAUUGAAUAUUUUUAACAGUGAAAAGUUUUACUGAUGUAAAUAGAUUGUUAAAUUUAUAAACGGAUUAUUCAUCAUUUGUUCUAAAUUGCUGACAUCACAUUUGAAUCUAUAUCUACAUUUAUAUCCGUACA